AUGUCCCAACCACAAAGUUUCGACUUCCUGGUCGGGACAUUCAACACGCCUCAACUCUACACUCUCCGCUUCACACCAGCAUCGGAAUCACCGUCGUCGAGUUCCUCCGGCACACUCAAGAUCGUCCAGCGUUCUUUCGCCAUCGGGUCUCAUUCCUGGCUACACCUCACCCCUCCCAGACCGGAUGGGACGACACGCACACUCUACGCCACUGCUUGGACAGAACCGCCAACGGUGGUUGCUUAUGCCGUCCACUCACCCACGCAAAUAUCCCUCCUCGGUACAGCAAGGACGCAGUCACGGAGCGGGUACGUCUGCGCGAGCGACGUCGCAGUCUACUCGGCGGGCGGCGCGACGGGCGAAGUCUUCGUCAUCGACCGCGAGACAGGAGGCUUUCUCCAGUCUGCUGACACCGCCGCCGCCACGACGCACUCAACAACGCCGGCACCACCUCUUCAAACCAUCUCGUUUCUCGACGCAUCGUCUCAGCGCGACGACGGCAGCGUCAUGGACUUUGGCGGGCUCCGCCACGGUGCGCACUCUGCCGACCUCUCGCCGGACCAGAGGGCACUCUACGUAGCCGACAUAGGGCGGAACUGCAUAUGGACGUUCUCGCUGUCGCCGCUGGACGGGCGCACGACGCUAGGCGAGAAACACAUCUCCCCUCGGCCAAACGACGGCCCGCGACACGUCUGGCCCCACCCGUCGGGUCGGUACGUGUACUGCUUGCAAGAGCACACGAGCAUGGUCGACGUAUUUUCGACGUCCGACGACGGCGUGACGCUGAAGCACGAGCAGGGCGUACGGAUCAUCCCGGCGGGAGAAGACGAGGGCGAGUUCUGGGCCGAUGAGGUCCGCACGAGUCUCAGCCAUGGCUCCUCACCGCGGUACCUCUACGCCAGCACGAGGGGUCUGGAGAACGGGAAGAAAGGGUACGUUGCCGUGUACAAGCUUACGGAAGAAGGGAGAAUCGACGAAGACAAUAAUAGUUGUUCCGAGAGUACGAAUAAUCAUCACCGCGUCUCCUCAAGUAGCACCACAAACGGCGGCACCACUACUGCUGCUGCUACCACCACCACCACCAGUCACACAAAUGGCAACGUCAAUGACACUGCCAAUGGUAACAGCGACGCACAUCGUAAUACGAACGUGGCGGCGUCAACGAAUGGCGCUUCUGUCAACUUCCACCUCGACGCGAACGCAAACACCAAAGCGUCCAACGACCCCUACGCGGGGUUACAGUGCAUGUACCAGACGGCCACGAGUGGCGGGUGGGCCAACGCCAUACAGCCCGGCCCGACGGUCGACGGAAUCGAGUACCUCGCGCUGACGGACAGUGAGGAGGGCUUCGUUUUCGUCCUGAGCUGGGACGGCUCCGAGAUCAGAGAAGUCGCCAGGACGAAGCUGGACGAAGGGGCCGGCGCCGCCACUGCCGUGUGGUGUUGUUGA